UCAUUUUCUCCCUUUCGUAGUCUGGUCUGGUUUCCAUCGAAUCAAAUAUUUUCGGAAGGGAAUUCUCCCAUUUCAUCAUUCAAAAUAAAAUUCAGAUGAACAAGCAGCAGCAGCAAUGAACAAAUCACAAGGUUUCUCGUGGUCGCGUCUCAUCGUGAAACAAGGCAUCAAGAAUCCCAGCAAAGCCCCACUCCCCUUGUCCCAGAAAAUCUCCACUCGGCCACACUUUCCCGCUACCCCUCAGCCACCCAAAUGGUCGUUUUCCAGCAAAAUCCCUUAUUCAACAGUGUCAUCCAGAGCGGCCCAAGACCUUCUGGCGGAGGUGGAGAGAGAAAAGCAGAGAGAACGAGAGCAGAGGAAGAGGGCGGGCCUGGACACCAAAGACAUUGACCGAGAAGAUGAGGAGGACUACAUGGGCGUUAUGCCAUUGAUUGAGAAGCUCGAGAAGGAGAAGCUCAAGGACACCGGAGACUUGAACUUGUACGAGGAGCCCACCGAUUCCGAUAGCGACGAAGACGAUGAAAGGUUCACUCCCGAUGCCGUCAAGAAGAGAUUUGAUGAGUUUCAGAGGAAGUUCACGCGCCACGAGGAGUUGCUCAACAACUUCACCGAGGCUGAGACACUUGACGAUGCUUAUAAAUGGAUGAAUAAAAUUGACAAGUUUGAGCAAAAACAUUUCCGCCUUCGCCCCGAAUAUAGGGUCAUUGGUGAGUUGAUGAACCGUCUCAAAGUAGCUGAGGGAAAGGACAAAUUCAUCCUCCAGCAGAAACUAAACAGGGCUAUGAGAUUGGUGCAGUGGAAGGAAGCCUACGAUCCAAACAAUCCUGCCAAUUAUGGAGUCAUCCAACAUGAACAAGUGGAGCCCUCAGUUGAUUUAUUGGAACAUGCUGGGUUUGAAAAAGAAAAGCAAAUUAUACAAGGAGUUGAUGACGACGACGAGGAAGAAUUCAAUGACAUGAAGGAGAAAGAUGACAUACUGUUAGAGAAGCUUAAUGCCAUUGACAAAAAACUCGAAGAGAAGCUAGCAGAGUUAGAUCAUACAUUUGGGAAGAAGGGUAAGGUUCUAGAGGAAGAGAUCAGAGACCUAGCAGAGGAAAGAAAUGAUUUGACAGAGAAGAAGAGGAGACCUCUCUACAGGAAAGGGUUUGAUGUUAAAUUAAUCAAUGUGAACCGAACUUGUAAAGUAACAAAGGGGGGGCAAGUGGUCAAGUACACUGCCAUAUUAGCUUGUGGCAAUUAUCAUGGUGUUGUUGGUUAUGCUAAAGCAAAAGGCCCAGCAGUCCCUAUCGCUCUUCAGAAGGCAUAUGAGAAGUGCUUUCAGAAUCUCCACUACAUUGAACGACACGAGGAGCAUACAAUUGCGCAUGCAAUACAAACAAGUUAUAAAAAAACAAAGGUGUAUCUCUGGCCUGCACCCACUAGGACGGGUAUGAAAGCAGGAAGAACCGUUGAAACCAUUCUAAACUUAGCUGGUUUCAAAAAUGUUAAGUCUAAGGUUGUAGGCUCAAGGAAUCCUUAUAACACAGUCAAGGCUCUCUUCAAAUCCCUUAAUGCGAUUGAAACUCGAAAGGAUGUUCAAGAUAAGUUUGGCCGCACUGUUGUUGAGAAGUACCUUCUGUGACAGAUGUGCUUAAUGUUGCCUGUUUGCAGAAUACUUGUAGUUUUGUUAUGCAUUCCCUUUUCAGACAAGUUGAUAAAAAUGAGAAUUUAUUUGUAUGUUCUGUUAUGUUCUGCCUCCUCCACUGUCAUAUUUAGGAACAAUGAUGAUGUACAAUAAGAGUGGACUGACUUGGAAGGAGAUUAGUAACUCA